AGGGCGCGCGCUGAGCUCCGCGGCUGCCCCGCGCCAGCGCAGCGCUCAGUGCAUCGCUCCGCACGGAUCCGUGAUCCGACCUGGCCUCCGGCCCCAGCCAGGAGUGGAGUUACCUCGGCGACCGCUCUGGAGCCGAGAUCGUUCCUUUUCACACUCCGCAGAUAAAUAAGAGUUCAAGGACAGCUUUAAAAGGGGACUUUUCUGGGAAGGCAAUGAUAACUUUGUGGCUUUUUUUAACGAAGAAAACCAUCUGACUUGCCUAAUGUUUCUACGCUAGAGUAAGUCCUGUUCUUGCAGCGCAGGAGGAAUUCUUUCCUGCAUUACAAAUUUGAAGGAGUGUUAAAAAGUGAGAGUUGGGAAAUGGUUCUCUCAAAGAGGCAUGGAUGUAUCAGGAUGUAGCUACUGUACAAAGUUUAUACUUGGAUAAUUCUGGGCAGGAAAAAGCAGCCCCGUUCCUGACCUCCUGAAGAGACUACCAUCCUUCAGGUCUCAGCAUAAUGAAUGGUUUCCAUCACGUGGCGCUGAAGUUACCACCUCCAACUACUACGCUGCACAGAACAGCUUGUAAGAGUUAAAAAGAAAGUAAUUCCUGCUAAAGCCAUUAAACCAAACAAAAGAGGCUCUUCAUUCACAGACUUUACAUGAGGACAAAAAUAAGAGGGAAGCUGAAGCUUUUUUGUGGCCUGGCCUGGUGUGCUUAUGUACCAUGAUAAAUCUUGGUUGGAAUGCUCAUUGAGUAUCGUGCCAGGAGACAGGAAACACACACCACCGAGAAGGACCAUCUGAGUAAACACGGGUGAGAAAAAAGCAGCUCCAUGGAGUAAACCGUAAGAGUGCCUCACAGGAAAGACGUUCCUUGACUGGAUAUCCUCAAGCACAAAAUUUACUCGUACCUUUGAAUACGAUUGUUGAAGAUCAGAACUGUAUACAAAUCUCAUCAUUCCUGACCAUGAUUAGUGUAACCUGGAGCAUCUUCCUAGUUUGGACUAAAAUAGGGCUGUUACUUGACAUGGCACCAUUUUCUGUUAGUGCCAAACCAUGCCCUUCAGUUUGUCGCUGUGAUGUGGGUUUCAUAUAUUGUAAUGAUCGCGAUUUGACGUCUAUUCCUACAGGAAUCCCAGAGGAUGCUACUACUCUCUUCCUUCAGAACAAUCAAAUAAAUAAUGCUGGGAUUCCUUCAGAACUGAAGAACUUGCUUAGGGUGGAAAGAAUAUAUUUGUACCACAACAGCCUAGAUGAAUUCCCCACUAACCUCCCUAAAUAUGUUAAGGAACUGCAUUUACAGGAGAAUAAUAUAAGGACCAUUACUUAUGAUUCACUUUCACAAAUUCCUUAUCUGGAAGAACUGCAUUUGGAUGAUAAUUCUGUUUCCGCUGUUAGCAUUGAGGAUGGAGCUUUCCGGGACAACAUCUAUCUCAGACUUCUUUUUCUCUCUCGAAAUCACCUUAGCACCAUUCCCUGGGGUUUGCCUAAAACAAUAGAAGAGCUACGCCUGGAUGAUAAUCGUAUUUCCACAAUUUCAGAGCUGUCCCUUCAAGACCUUACAAAUCUAAAACGCCUUGUUUUAGAUGGAAAUCUUCUAAAUAAUCAUGGAUUAGGAGACAAAGUCUUCACAAAUCUCGUCAAUCUUACAGAACUGUCAUUGGUCCGCAAUUCACUCACAGCAGCACCGGUAAACCUGCCAGGAACAAACUUAAGAAAGCUUUAUCUUCAAGAAAACCACAUCAACCGUGUGCCACCCAAUGCUUUCUCUUACUUAAGGCAGUUGUAUCGACUAGAUAUGUCCAAUAACAAUAUUAGCAAUUUACCUCAGGGUGUCUUUGAUGAUCUGGACAACAUCACUCAACUUUUUCUACGCAACAACCCUUGGCACUGUGGGUGCAAAAUGAAAUGGGUUCGUGACUGGUUACAGUCAUUGCCUUUAAAAGUUAACGUACGUGGACUGAUGUGUCAGGCACCAGAAAAAGUACGUGGAAUGGCUAUCAAAGACCUCAAUGCAGAACUCUUUGAUUGUAAGGAUGAUGGCAUGAUAAGCACCAUCCAAAUCACUACUGCGGUACCAAACACAUUAUACCCAGCCCAGGGACACUGGCCGGUUUCUGUGACCAAGCAGCCAGACAUCAAGACUCCAAACCUAAACAAAAACUACAGGACCACAGCAAGCCCAGUGCGCAAAAUCAUUACAAUAUUUGUGAAAUCCGUAAGUACGGAGACCAUUCACAUCUCCUGGAAAGUUGCACUGCCAAUGACUGCUUUAAGACUGAGCUGGCUCAAGAUGGGUCACAGCCCUGCCUUUGGAUCUAUAACUGAAACGAUAGUUACAGGUGACAGAAAUGACUAUUUGCUCACAGCUCUCGAACCAGAAUCGCCGUACCGCGUAUGCAUGGUUCCCAUGGAAACCAGCAACAUCUAUCUCUCUGAUGAAACGCCUGAGUGCAUUGAGACCGAGACAGCACCUCUUAAGAUGUAUAACCCUACCACCACCCUCAAUCGCGAGCAGGAGAAAGAACCUUACAAAAACUCCAGCCUGCCCUUGGCCGCCAUCAUCGGCGGCGCGGUGGCACUGGUGGCCAUAGCACUGCUGGCCUUGGUCUGCUGGUAUGUCCACAGAAAUGGGUCCCUGUUCUCCCGGAACUGCGCCUACAGCAAGGGACGCCGGAGAAAAGAUGACUAUGCCGAAGCGGGAACUAAGAAGGAUAACUCCAUCCUAGAAAUCAGGGAGACUUCUUUCCAGAUGAUACCAAUAACCAACGAUCAAGUGUCCAAGGAGGAAUUUGUAAUACACACCAUUUUCCCACCUAAUGGCAUGAACCUGUACAAGAACAGCCACAGUGAAAGCAGUAGUAACAGGAGCUACAGAGACAGUGGUAUUCCAGAUUCAGAUCAUUCACACUCAUGAUACUGAAUGACAUGAAAGACUGGUUUGGGUUUUGUUGGGUUUUUUGGUUUUGUUUUGUUUUUUAAAGAAAACAAGAAGAGACUGACUUAACAGUUGCUGUUCUACUGCAAAACACUGGAUUAAAAGACUGACAAAGCAAUGUACUGUACAUUUGCCAUAUAAUUUAUAUUUAAGAACUUUUUAUUAAAAGUUUCAAAUUUCAGGCUACUGCUGCGAUUAAUGCAGUGGGAAUACCUGACCACAAUUCUAUAUUUUAGUAUUUUUUAGUAAUUUGUACUGUAUUUUCCUUGCUAAUAUUGAAGUUACAGACCAUUUAACUUUUGUGUUCUACUGAGUAAGAUGACUUGUUGACUGUGAAAGUGAAUUUUCUUGCCGUGUUGAGCAGUCAGAACAUUCAUCUGAGAUCCUUUUAAGUGUAAGCACAGGCCAUUUUCCACUUUGGUAUCAAUAAAACAAUGUUGAACCUGGCAAAUCAGGAAGAUCAAGAAGUGGUUGCAAAAACUGAACUUCCAAUGUUUGGUCUCUUAAAUCUGUAAACCACAACAAUAUUCAAUAAACAAAAAUGCGUGUAGUAAUGGGCAAUAUCAGCUGUCUGGAUAUAUCCAUUCGACAAUGGCGAAAUCCAAUUUAAGAGAAAAUCAAAUCAAUGCCAUGCAUGAGACUGAAGCUUUUGACAUGUUUAGGAAAGAAAAAAAUUGAUCCCUGGAAGAAAGCAUAAUGAAAUUCCUAACAAGGAAUUUAAGAAUAAGUGCUAGGCUCUGCAAGACAAGGGGCUAGAUAGGGAUUAGGGAGAGAUUUGUGGUUAUCAAAGCCGGUGGUCUGCUUAUUAACAGAGACGGAUGGGCGCAGGCAUUCAGGAGGCAAGGGCAGGAAGGACAGAGACAACAACCUGGAAACAACUUUGAACAGAAAAGGGGCUGCAAGUGCAGUUUCGUAAGAAUAAUUAGCAGGAUGGGAAAAAAAAUGAAAGGGUAUUAGUAGCAAGGUCUCAAAAAACUUCAGUAACGAAGGGAAGCAGACAAUUGUGGAAGACAGCUAUUUUUAAGUGUAUACUCCAAGAGUAUACAGGCAUUACAGUCAGGAAUACUGCCCAUUACUGUCACAGUUUCCCAGAAAUUCCCUGAUAAAUCUGUAAGGUAAUAUGUUUCUUUCUGCCUUCCUACUGGACUACAAGUGAUUUCAUGUUUAAACCCCAAGCCACAAAUUAUUGCCAUGAUCAUUUGUUUCUUCAACUGAAAACCAAAGUGCUUUGUAUGCCCUUUGGCCAGUCUUGUGUGCCUUGAUCCAAUGCUACAUGUAUCGAGAUUUUAAAAGGUGGGGUGGGUGGGGGGAUUAAAAUAAAAUACCCACUUUUUUCGUACAUAAUUUAACUAUGAAAAAUACUGGUCUUAUUAAUAAAUAAAGAUGAAAAAAUAUCAGUAAAAAAAUAAUGCUGCACCUCUGCAGUGCGCUGAUAGGAAACCCACUCAGAAGCUACUGCUUUUCAGGUCAUAAACUUCACCUUUUUCUUCGUUCAGUUUGACACUAUUACACUUGCAGGCUUUCUGUAUUAUUAAUCACUUGGAAAACACAUUUUCACAAGUUCAAAGUGUGUGAACAAUGAAUGAGAGAGAAGCCAUGGAGUUACAAUCCUCUGAAAUACAUUUUUUUUCAAACAGAAACUGCAAAUAAAAAGGAAAAUACUGUUUGGGCCAGUAUCUCAGACAAAAAAGGAAUGUAUACCCAAUGCAAUUUCACAUUAAGAGAAUUGUAGCAGUGCUUGGCCUGUCUUUCCCUAGGGGUUGUAAAGGAUGGAAGAUGACAAGAAAAAACGGUGGCAAACACCAAGACUGAUAAUUUUGGCAGUCAGCUUCCAAACAGUUCUCCUGCCAGGGAUCUAUCGUAACUACACAAACUCAAAACUUCCAGCAACAGACAGCUCUUCAUCCUCAUGUUCCAGGUGUGUCUAGGGAAGUUCCUCCCCAAGCCCCCUUUACCACAGUACUGUUUCCUCAACCUUGCCUUCAGAAAUGUCUCCUCCUAUGAUUCCUGAGCAGUGAUGGGGGAGUCACAGAUGGAGAAACAGCACUGUGCUUCCCUACCAACUUUCAACAAAUCACAUAAUCUCCUUCACAUGGAGCACUGAUUGGAUGCACGGUGCCAAAAGUAACAGAAAGGGCCAUAUUAAGUAACUCUGUGCUCAGCUCAGUGUAAAGCACUAAGCAUGACUAUUUUGCUGUACUUGCCCAUCAGGUACAAAUCUAGGGAAGGGUGAGAAAGCCAAGAUUAAAGCACAUGGAGCCUCAUUAUGAUUUUGUACAAAAGCUUUCUGAAGCAGUAAGCAGGAAAGAACCACCAGCACAGAUGGAGAAGACUGACUUGGUUUUCAUCUAAGCUAGUAUAUAGGCACCCCUUAUCUUUAAGAUAUAUAACGAUUUCUUUGCCAUCAGCUCUCUGAUAACAAAAUUAAAGAAAUUUUGCUGGAUUUUCAAGCUAUUUAUUUAAAUACCUCUCCCCUAGCUAACUCCAAAUUCAUGACUUAGAAAGGGCAAAAUAACACUCAACAAGCAGUCUCCCAGGCCUUUUCUGAGGUACCUCAACUGGCUACUGUGCAUCUCAAGUGACGGCAGUCAAAGGUCAUAUGGACUAAUAAACUGCUAUUUGAGAAAGUGGUAAUUGCAUAUAAAGAUACAAGGACUUUUCAUGCACAAUUUAUGCACUAUGAGGCAACAGUAUGCAUAUCUAAAGCAAUUUCAGCAGAUUUGCCCACUUGUUGCUGGUUCACUUCCACCAGAGAGAAUGAAAACCUGAGAAAGCAAUUCUGUUCUCUGGGGAUAGGCCAAGUUUACAGGGUGAGAUGGAGUCCUGCACUUGAUCUCAAUGGAAAAAGUGACACAUCCAUGCAUGCAAAGCUCUUCCCUAGGUUCUACAGCAACUUUUAUGCAACAUGCAUCAUAUAAAUAUUAAUCUGGCAAGUGAAAGAUUGAUUACAAGAACUAUAUUAUUUUCCUUUUGCUCUUUACACAGAUUUCUGUUCCUCUCCAUGUCACACUUGUCUCUUGAACACUUUUCUACUUAUCAGAGCUGCCAUUACAGCAUCCAACAUUCUCAAGCACCACAUAUAAAUCCCUUCUCUUAGACAGUUACAUACAUAGGCAAAUCGGAUUACUCCAUUGAGCAGUUUACUCAACACAUUGAUCAAAAUAACAUUAAUCCACAUUAAAUUUAUCUCAAAUCAUUUUCUAAUUCCACGUUGCUUUGGUGUAUGGUUUGACAUCUAAUUGUGGAGAAAGGAGUGGAUUUUUUUUCAGCACUGCCUACACCCACGUGCAGAGUUAAUUCAGCCAGCAUUCUCCAUAUUAAAAUAUGCUAACUAUCUUUCAUGUUCUUUAUUAUCAUCCUUUUUUCCCCCCCUCCAUUAUUAUAUAUAUUGCUAUCCUGAAUUGCUCACUGUUCUGUUUUAACGUGAAAGCUAACUCAAAAAAAAACCAAACACCCUGGUAUUUUGGAAACCAUAUUUUGUCUCAUCUCAGUAUCUUCCAAAACUCAAAUUGCUUCAUUUACAAGCUAUUAUUUUGUAGCUCUGUACAACAGCAUGAAAUACAAAAAGUGUUUGUUGGGUUUGAGGAUUUUUUUGUUUGGGUUUUUCAUUUGUUUGGGGUCUUUUUUUUUGGUUGGUUGGUUUUUGGGAUUUUUUUUUUGUCCUGGCUUUAACAGUACCAAAUUGAAAGUAUUAUGGUUUUGGAACACAGUUACCAUUUCUUCUGCUAAUGCACUAGCUUAGCAUGCAAGUUAUAUUGUGCCAAUGCUGUACAGAUUGAAUGUAGAGCAGCAAAUGCAAUAAAGCAAGAGCAAAAGUAAUAAAGCCUUAUUUGCUAUUAAAA